CUUGGAGACAUUAGUUGAAGGGUGAAUUUUGCUUGUCAAAAAGUUGGAGCUUUUUUUGCUUUUUUGCUGCAAAUUUUGCAAAAUAUUUUCCUCUCUGUGUGCUUCUGCGUGGUUGAUUUCCAGCAAAUUCCUCACCACAAAUCCUCAAGUCGGGAUCAUCAGGAUUGAAUUGCGGGCAGUUGUUGUUGGAGAGGCCGUGAAUGCAGUCACAAUGACGCGAAACUACGCAAAACAGUGCAGAAUUUGCCUAGCUGAGGGCUCCCGUGAUCUCUUUGCUUCUGCCUCCACAUCUCCGGGAAUUGGACGGUGCGACAUCUCCGUGUCAUCCGUAUCACGCCUCCUGGAGAAGUUUCGCUUUGUCACGAUGAUUCAGAUUUCCGAGAACGACAACCUGCCCACCCUGAUCUGUGACUCCUGCAUCGUGGAACUCAAUGUGGCGUACAACUUCAAGCGACAAGCCAUCGAUACGAGUAUCUACCUGCAGCGGCACAUGAUUGAGAUUGGGAGAGCCACUGAGGAUAUGAUUGACAUGAGCUCAUCCCGUGUGUAUCAGCCUGCUGUUGCUGCCACGUCCAAGGAGGAAUCGCUGGAGGUGAAGGAGGAAUUGCUGGAACCUCAAGAUCCCAUCCCAAUCAGCUCAACUGGAGCACAGCAGCCCACAAAUUCCGGCAGUCCAACCACAUCUGUUGCUUCCGGAAGCUCAAGAUCCAUGGUGCUCGUCAAUACUAACAGCUUCUCCACAAUUGGGGCGGAUUCCACCUCAGACAAAGAUUUUGUGGAAUCAUACUUACCGCCCAAGAAACGUGGCCGGGAAUUCCAGGUGCAACUCCUCACGCCCACCCCCUCUCCGCAUGACAUUGAAAUUCCAGAGAAGAAGCCCAUGGAGAAAGCCCCAACGGAUCAGAACAAAAGUAAUCGAACACAGCCACAGAGUAGCCCCAAACAGAUCACCCUGAGACCCAGAACGUCACAGAAUUACGCAGAAAAGGCACGAAAGUACCAGAAGAGAUCCCCACCGGGGACAACGACGCGCAGCACGAGAAAGGUCCCGGGAUCGUCAGUUGAGAAACCAACACGGCAUCGACGUUUCAAGACGUCAUCCCUGACAGCCCCGGCUGGACAAUCGAUAAAUCCCGUUGCGAUGGUGAAGACAAUGCUGCGGAGCCGGACAAAGCGUCUAACCAUUUCCUAGAGGUCCCUGCGUUGUUGCACAUUCUGCUAAUGUGUGUGUUCCCUCGUUGCUCCCCACCCCCAACGCAAGUACAACACCCUCCCCCCUUGAGCCAUCCUGAGGCCUCCCACCCCUAUGAGAGCGAGCUCCCUCUGUGAGAUUUAGAAAAAAGGGAUCCAUUCCCAUGAAGAGAUUUAGCUAAGAGAAUGAUCCUCCGGAAGCUCCAAAGCGAGGAUUUUUCCGGAGGGAUCUUUUAAUUGUAGUUUAAGAAGCAUGCAAUCCUGAUUUGAGAUUUUUUUUGGGAAUAAAAACUAAAUUAUUUUGAUAGUAAUACAGGGAGGUUCCACAAAAUAGCAGCAAAGCUUUAGGAAACAAAAUUAAAAUUAAAAAAAAAAAUAAUGCAUUAAAUUGCAUUUUACGUCGUUUUAUUUAAUUUUUUUGAAAGACUUUUUAAUAAUUUUUGAUUUGGAAAGAAAAGAAAAAAUGUAAAAGUGCAUAUGGCGCGGUCUGUGUGUUCCUUAUAACGAACAAAAAACGUUCGUAAACUGAACUGAAAUCUCUAUACAUGAUUUUGGAUUAAUUUUGAUCAGUCAGAAAAUAUCUAACGGAAGAGAUUCGAUAAUCAGAAAAAGGGUUGAGAAAUAAUUUCUCGUUUUGUAAGUUCUGUAGGCCUGAUGAAGGUGUUAAAACUGUUAAAAAUACUGUAACUUCAUUAAAAGAAAACAAGUAGAAUAACUUAACCUAAAACUUUAUUUUUGGGUUUAUUUACAAGCUUAGAACGCUUAGAACACACCGCGAAGUAUUUUGAAUGAUAUCUUUGUGAAAAAAUAUAUAUUUUUUAUCUGACAUGUUUCCUCGCAUUAAAAUAACCUCACUUUUAAUUUUCGUCACCAAAAAAUGUAAAAAACGCAACGUUGUUAGUUCUUUUCUGAGCUAAUAUGGGCGACAACAGCGACAAAUUGAAGAUAAAAAUUUAGGUUAGGUCAAUAAGUUAAUUUUAAAUUUCUAAGAUGGCUGAUACAAAAAUAUUUCAAUAAAACUUAGCCCCUUUCUCUUUUUACUGCUUUAAAUCUCCAUCAGGACCAGAAAAUGAUUGAAAAUGUAAAAUAAACUCAUAAAAUAUUUAAUGAACAUAGAAUUUUAGAAGGAUAAGAAGUAAAGCAUAGAAAGUUGGUUUGGAGCUUGAGAUUGUCAACUGAAAAGUUAAUUUUUCUCUAAAUUUAAGCGUUUCUCGCUUUUUAGAGUUUUCUUGUAGAUUAGAAGAUUUUUUAUGACUGUUUUACGGAUUUUCCUUGAUAUUUUAUUGAAAUUUUGGAAGAAAUUCAAUUUUUGUGAAGUUUUAGAGCUUUAUUUUUGGAAUAAAAACAAAAUGGCGGUUAGAAUUUUUUGAGAUUUUCAACAGAAAAAUGUUAUCAAAUUCAGUGCUAUUGCUGAGUUUUGUUUUCUAAUGAUUAAAAAAUAAAUAACUAUUUAAAAUUAUAAAGUAAGAUUGAAACGAUUAAAAGCAUUGAGAGUAAUAAUGGUGUAAUAAAUUAAAAACAAUACGUAUUUUAAGGUUAUUUAUUUUACGUCUGGCAAUCUUUCACCUUGAUAUUUUCAUGGGAAUGGAAUCCUUUGUCAAUUUAUUUCUUUAAUUUAAUUUGAAUUAUUAUCAUAAUCAAUAUUGUUAGAAUGGAUAGAAAACUCUGUAAAUUUCCCAGAACGUAACAAAACAUUAAAAAAAAAAUAAUGCUCCUAAUGCACAAUUGUAAGAAAAGAAAGAAAAUAAUGUUAAUAAAAUAGUAAAAUGAGAAUAAUCAUGAAGAAUUUUUAUUAAGAUCAUCUUUUUGAGGUUCUUUGAUAAGAAUUAAUCAAGAUUCUUUCUCAUUUUCUUGAAUUUACUCACUGAUUCCCGGAAGAAACGUUUUAACCUUAAAAACUCAUGAAUGUAAAAAAAAAACUGGUGUGUAAAAAAUGAUCAAAACCUAUAAAGGAUAACAAAAAUAAAGCAUAAAACAUAGUUUCCCACAAAAUAGAGCAUUAUGCAGUAAUUGUAAGUCAGAAAAAUUAAUAAAUCAUGCAUUAUUUUAUGAAAAA